AUACUACCAUAAACCGGAGGGCACUCAAUAAUAACCUUCCGGAGUAAUUAAAAAAAAGGAAAACCCAUACUUGUCGGAGUAGAAAUCCACAAAUCUGUUUGAUUUUGUGGCAAUCAGUUCGAGACUUGACGACUCCGCCAUGAACACGGAAUCAGUAGUGGAGUUCCUUGGAAACGUUCCCUUACUUCAGAAGCUGCCUAGUUCUUCUCUUAAGAAAAUCGCCCAAGUUGUUGUCUUGAAACGCUACGGGAAAGGGGAGUAUGUGAUUCGUGAAGAGCAAGCUUGGGAUGGUUGCUUUUUCAUUUUCUCUGGAGAGGCUCAGGUUUCCGGUCCCGACGAUGAAGAAAAUCGUUCCGAGUUUCUCUUGAAACAAUAUGAUUACUUCGGCCAUGGUAUUUCUGCCCAUGUUCAUUCUGCUGACAUUAUUGCUACCUCCGAGCUCACAUGUUUGGUGUUGCCGCGUGAUCAUUGCUGUUUGCUUCAGACCAACUCAAUCUGGCAGUCCGAUCAAGAAGUUGACAAAUGCUCUUUAGUUGAACGCAUUUUACAACUUGACCCUUUAGAACUGAACAUCUUCAGGGGUAUCACUCUACCUGAUGCUCCCAAAUUUGGCAAAGUUUUCGGUGGUCAAUUUAUGGGACAGGCACUUGCUGCGGCAUCAAAAACUGUUGAUUUCCGGAAGAUUGUCCACAGUUUUCAUUCUUAUUUUCUUCUCGUUGGAGAUAUCGACAUCCCCAUUAUAUAUCAAGUUCACCGUAUACGUGAUGGGAACAACUUUGCCACCCGAAGAGUAGAUGCAAUACAGAAAGGGAAUAUCAUUUUCAUAUUGAUGGCUUCCUUUCAGAAAGAGCAACAGGGAUUUGAUCACCAGGAGUCAACCAUACCCACUGCACCGGAUCCUGAUACGCUUCUAUCACUAGAGGAGCUGCGUGAACGUCGUAUAACUGACCCUCAUCUUCCUAGGAGUUACCGGAACAAAGUUGCAACUGCAAAUUUUAUUCCAUGGCCUAUAGAGAUUCGGUUUUGUGAGCCCAGUAAUUCUACAAACCAGACAAAGUCUCCACCAAGAUUGAGGUAUUGGUUUAGAGCAAAGGGAAAGCUUUCUGAUGACCAAGCUUUGCAUCGAUGUGUUGUGGCAUUUGCUUCGGAUUUGAUAUUUGCAAGCAUCAGUUUGAACCCUCACCGAAGAAAGGGCCUGAGAUCUGCUGCACUUAGCCUGGACCAUGCGAUGUGGUUUCACCGAUCUCUUAGAGCUGAUGACUGGUUGCUUUUUGUGAUUGUUAGUCCAACUGCACACGUGACCAGGGGUUUUGUCACUGGUGAAAUGUUCAACAGAAAAGGAGAGCUGGUUGUAUCGUUAACGCAAGAGGCCUUGUUAAGAGAGGCAAGACCUCCUAAUCCCUCCGUGACGUCGAAGCUCUGAUUUGGCUCACUGUUAGUUUUUAAGAUGUGGCGAAUAAAGAAAGAAAAUUACUGGAGACAUAAGAAACCCAUUUGGUAAUAAUAAGAUUGAUGUUACUUGUGUAUUGUUAUCAGACAAAACCUAUUUCUUUGGGUAAUGACUAGUAAUGAUCCGGUCUUUAUGUCUUAUGAUGACGAAAUGUAUUCAUAUUAUACUAUAAAUUUACUAUUGCAUACAAGAAAAUGACCUUUUGGUCGUUUCGCA